AUGGGAACUCUCAAGGUUCCCAGAGGUAUUUGCAAAGGGAGAAUCAAGACUGGGAGACGAUGUAGGAGACGCCUCCGUGCGCCAAAAUCACACUGCCCUCAUCACAAAUAUCCGCCCAAGAAGCCACGGAAACUCCUGCAAACCGGUGCCGCGGUGCCAAAUGACGGCAAUGCAUCUCCAACGUCAAGCGCAGAAGUCUCCAACAUCCCAUCAACUCGACUUGGUCGUGCUGCCGAAGAUUUCAAUAGUGAUGAGAACAUGUCAGGAACAUCAACACAAGACGCCGACGAUGUCUGUGAUGACACCCCAGGCCGUGAUGCUGGUGCAAUCAACAUUGCGAAAGACUGUGGGAAUACGGUGAAUACGAACUGUGGAAAUAAGAUACACCACAACUAUGGAGAUACCACCACUUACAAUACCACCAACAUACUGCAAGCCAAGCCACCCGAGACUUCUGCCGAGUACCGAACCUACAUCAAUAACUUUGUAACAAACAACUUCCCUGGAUUCCCCGACCUGGACGUAUCCAUCGACAGUCUCGUCAACGCGGCAGUAGCAAAAGUGAAGUGUAUUUCAGAAGAGUUCCACUUGGCCCCUGAGCGAGCCCCAGGCAUUGUCAAGCUUGCUGUGUAUGAUUUUGUGAUUCUAUGUGAUGAUAGCUUGUCCAUGAGGAAGCAUAAGAAGACACUCAAAGGCACUCUGAUACGCCUCGCCAAGAUCGCCUCUCUUCUUACACCACUGGGAAUAUCACUCCGAUUCCUCAACCACGCGGGCGAAGACACCAACAGCCUCGAUGGACUACUAACUAUUCACGAAAUUGAGCAACAGUUUUCAAAGGCCUGGUUCAUUGGGUUUUCGCGUCUAGGCACAGCUCUCAAUAAAAAAGUCGUGCAGCCUUUGAUCCUUCGCAAGGCCGAGGCCCAUACACUCCGAAGGCCCGUGAUUACAAUGGUUAUUACAGACGGACAGCCUUCUGGCGAAGACUCGGACACCUUCAAAAACUGCAUCAGGACGUGCAAACACUCCCCGGCCCUCCAGGCAUAUGGCCCCGGGGCCGCCGUAUUUCUCGUUACACAAAUUGGAAACAGUAGCAAGGCCAACCAAUUCCUGCGAGGUCUCGAGGACGAUGAAACGAUAAAGGACUUUGUAUGCUGUUCGAAAGAGGCUCUCGAUCGACAAGAGGAGUUGUGUCGUCGACGGGGGAACGAUGCGCUCUACACGGGAUGGGUGAGAAUCUCCCAAUUGGCCCUCUCUUGUUAG